CAAAACCUCUCUAAGUGUUCAGAAAACAAGGUGUAAAAGCAUGCGAAUAAUGUUCAUACUUUGUGUCUUGAAAACUAACAUCUGUUUGUUCCUUCAGGUGCUUCGCCAGUUUGUAAGACAUGAGUCUGAUACAGUUGGUUCAUUGGUGCUCGAAAGAUCCAUGAAUCGUGUUCAGUUACUUGGUCGGGUUGGACAGGACCCUAUCAUGAGGCAGGUGGAUGGAAAAAAUCCUGUUACCAUAUUUUCCCUUGCAACCAAUGAGAUGUGGCGAACAGGGGAAAGUGAGGCAACCCAGGGAGGGGAUAUCAGUCAGAAGACAACAUGGCACAGGAUCUCUGUCUUCAGACCGGGCCUCAGGGAUAUUACAUAUCAGUAUGUGAAGAGGGGUGCUCGUCUCUAUGUUGAAGGAAAGAUAGACUAUGGUGAAUAUACAGAUAAAAACAACGUGAGACGGCAGGCCACAACAAUUAUAGCAGAUAAUGUGAUUUUUCUGAGUGAUGGUAGUAUGAAAGAAAAGGUGUGAGGUCAUUAGUGUUUGGACCCAGGCCAUUUCAUUCCUUUUGUUUUACAGUGCUUAAUAAUUCUGUAAUCGUGUCUAUUGCUGAAGUUCCUUUAAAAAAUAAAUAAAAUGUUUGAUACCUAUAGG